GUCUCUUUCAGGUGGAGGGAGGAUCCAGGACCAUGGCUGGUGCUCAUGAGUUGGAGAUGGAGGGUAUGAAUCUGAAUAUGGAGAGAGAGAUGAUAGAAGAGUUGGAGGAAGCCAAGAAAAUGAGAGAGGAUGGGGGAGGUAAGGCUCCCUCCAAAGAUAAAAAGGUCCACAGGAUUGUCUCAAAAUGGAUGCUGCCUGAAAAGGUGCGAAGAUCAUACUUGGAUAGAGCUAACUGCUUCCCACCCCCUGUGUUCAUCAUCUCCAUCAGUGUUGCUGAGCUGGCAGUGUUUAUUUACUAUGCUGUGUGGAAGCCUCAGAAACAGUGGAUCACCUUGGACAUAGGCAUCUUGGAAAGCCCCUUUAUCUACUGUCCUGACAAGAGGGAAGAAGUCUGGAGAUUUAUCUCAUACAUGCUGGUCCAUGCUGGGGUUCAACACAUCUUGGGGAAUCUUCUCAUGCAGCUCAGUUUGGGGAUUCCCUUGGAAAUGGUCCACAAAGGCCAUCGAGUGGGGCUGGUAUACCUGGCAGGUGUGAUUGCAGGAUCUCUUGCCAGCUCCAUCUUUGACCCACUCAAAUACCUUGUGGGUGCUUCAGGAGGAGUCUACGCUCUGAUGGGAGGCUAUUUUAUGAAUGUUUUGGUGAAUUUUCAAGAAAUGAUUCCUGCCUUUGGAAUUGCCAGACUACUGAUCAUCAUCCUUAUAAUUGCAUCAGAUGUGGGAUUUGCUCUCUAUAGAAGGUUCUUUGUCCCUGCAACUGAGUCACCGGUGUCAUUUGCAGCUCAUAUUGCAGGUGGAUUUGCUGGGAUGUCCAUAGGUUACACAGUGUUUAGCUGCUUUGAUAAAGCAUUGCUGAAAGAUCCAAGGUUUUGGGUAGCGAUUGCUGCUUAUUUAGCUUGUUUCAUAUUUGCUGUGUUUUUCAAUAUUUUCCUAUCACCAGCAAACUGAUCUACCCCAAAUAUGAGCCAAUUAAUAAAAAGAGUCAUCGGGGAAAAAAAUGGAGAAUUCCAUCAAGAAACAGAGAAGUUCUAGCAAAUGCUAACAGUUUACAAAGAGGACAAAACACAAGUCAAUUAAUAAUUUGUAUGGAGUAUGUGCAUAAAGAAGCCUAAAGAAGGGGCUACUAAAAGUAAAGACAGGGAAGAGGAAGAGAGAAAAGCAGAGGGU